AUAUUACUCUCUUCUCUCUCUUGAGCUAUACUCAACUCUCUCUCUCUCUCUCUAGCUUGCUGAAGUGGUUGGAGGCUUCAAGGAAACAACACCACACAAUGGCAGAAGUGCUGAGUGAUGAACAGAUUGUUGAGUUUAGAGAAGCCUUUUGUCUCUUUGACAAGGAUGGAGAUGGUUGCAUUACAAUUGAAGAACUGGCAACAGUGAUAAGGUCACUGGAUCAAAACCCAACAGAAGAAGAACUGCUUGACAUGAUUAGUGAAGUUGAUGCUGAUGGCAAUGGGACAAUUGAGUUCACUGAGUUCUUGAACUUGAUGGCCAAGAAAAUGAAGGAGACUGAUGCAGAGGAGGAACUCAAAGAGGCCUUCAAAGUGUUUGACAAGGACCAGAAUGGUUACAUUUCAGCUACUGAGUUGAGGCAUGUCAUGAUCAAUCUGGGUGAGAAAUUAACAGAUGAAGAGGUGGAGCAGAUGAUCAGAGAGGCGGAUUUGGACGGUGAUGGUCAAGUUAAUUACGAGGAAUUCGUCAAGAUGAUGAUGAUGACCGUCGGAUGAGUCUUUUUCGUUCGUUGCGAUUAAACCAUCCUAACGAUCGUUAAAAUUCGUUUAUUUGCAAACCUAGCUAGGUCUCCUCAUGAAAUAAUGCUGUUUCCAUAACUAGAAUGACUGGGAAAAAAAUCACCAGUAGAUUGUUCAUUUUCUAUAUUGUACUAUUAAUUUGCAAUUUGUAUUCUUUCAUUUCGAUUUCAAUUAAUGAACAAGUCUUUCUUUUUUCUUGGUA